UUUCCGCUCUAGAGACUGAUUUUGCGGAGGCAGCGGCGGCCGUGGGCGGUGAGCGUUCUCAGGUAGGCGUAGUCGCUUUGCUAGCCGCCGAGGGGACCAGCCCCUGCCCCGCCUUCUGUCACCAUCUCUACCCAGAUGGGAGGGAAGUGCUGGCCUCAGAAACCUUACAUUUUCACCGCACGAGGAUCUCAGGCAGGAGGAAACACGGGGCGAGGGAAGCGAAUGAAGCAAAGAGCGAGCGGAAAUUAUUAAAAGAUGAAAAUUCUCACCUAUACCCGUAUCGCGUCAGGCAGUAGAACACAGCAGUGAAGAAAACAGACAAGUCUCCUGGCACGCAUAUCCAGGCACAGCUCACGAUGUCUUCUGGCUUCAGUGUAUUUAGAGCUGGUGUUGCAUUGGUUUUGAUGUGCAGUUUUUACAAGUCAACUGAAGACUCUCUCCCAGAACUGAGUCCUCAGCAGUAUUUCAGCACACUGCAGCCAGGAAAAGCCUCAUUAGCUUAUUUUUGCCAAGUUGGUUCUCUGAGUAACUCUGUGUUUCUAGAAGAACUAAAAGAAGCCAUUAGGCCUCUCCAGGACUAUGGGAUUUCAGUUGCAAAGGUUACUUGUGUCGAAGAAGAAGCAUCAAGGUACUGUGGGAAAGAAGAGGGUUUGAUGAAAGCGUAUUUAUUCAGAGGCAACAUACUUCUCAGAGAAUUCCCCACGGACAUCUUGUUUGAUGUGAACGCCAUCAUUGCUCAUGUUCUUUUUGCUCUGCUUUUUAAUGAAGUAAAAUAUAUUACCACCCUGGAAGACCUUCACAGCAUAGAAAACUCUCUGAAAGGAAAAUCAAAUAUGAUAUUCUCAUAUGUAGAAGCCAUUGGAACACCAGAACAUAGAGCAGUCAUGGAAGCUGCUUUUGUGUAUGGAACCUCUUACCAGUUUGCCUUAACCACAGAAAUCGCUCUUUUAGAAACUAUCGGCUCUGAGAAUAUAGAGCAUGCACAUCUCUACUUUUUUCAUUGUAAGCUGGUCUUGGACUUGGCUGAGCAUUGCAGAAGAACACUAAUGGAACAACCAUUGACCACACUGAAUAUCCACGUAUUUGUGAAGACAAUGAAUGCACCUCUGUUGAUGGAAGUAGCUGAGGAUCCUCAGCAGGUUUCAACCAUUCAUCUACAACUAGGAUUGCCACUGGUUUUUAUCAUCAGCCAGCGAGCUACACAGGAGGCUGACAGAAGGACUGCAGAGUGGGUAGCAUGGCAUCUUCUGGGGAAAGCAGGUGUUCUGCUCUUGUUGAGGGACUCUGUGGACGUGAACAUUCCUCAGCACGCUAAUGUGGCCUUCAGAAGAGCAGAGAAGGAUGUGCCUGUGGAAUUUCUAGUGUUGAAUGAUGUUGAGUUAAUCAUUUCCCAUGUGAAAAAUAAUAUGCACAUUGAAGAAAUACAAGAAGAUGAAGACGAAGACAUGGAAGGCCCAGAUCUGGCUGUUGAAGAUGAUGAGGUGGCAGGAACUGUUUACAGAGAUAGGAAGAGAUCACUGCCUUUGGAGUUGUCUGUGGAGCUAACAGAGGAGACAUUUAACACAACAGUCAUGGCUUCUGACAGCAUAGUGCUCUUCUAUGCUCCCUGGCAUGCAGUAUCCAUGGCAUUUCUGCAAUCCUAUAUUGAUGUGACAAUUAAGUUGAAAGGCAGGUCCACCAUCCUUCUCACUAGAAUAAAUUGUGCAGAUUGGUCUGAUGUCUGUGCGAAGCAAAAUGUUACUGCAUUUCCUGUGGUAAAGUUGUAUAAGAAAGGCGAGAGCCCAGUGUCUUAUGCUGGUAUGUUGGGAACUAAAGAUCUCCUGAAGUUUAUCCAGUUGAACAAGAUCACCUGUCCAGUGAGCAUAGCAUCCAUCCAAGAGGCAGAAAAAUACCUACGUGGAGAAUUAUAUAAAGACCUGUUCAGCUUUACUAGUUUGUCAGUGCUGGGGCUCUUUAGUCCAGCCAUGACCUCAGCAAAAGAAUAUUUUAGGGAAGCAGGGAAGCAACUGAGAGGCUCUGUCAUCACAGGAGUUUAUUCUGAAGAUGAUGUUUGGAUUCUGUCAAAUAAAUAUGCUACAACUCUCCCAGCCCUGCUACUGGCCAGGCCUAAAGAAGGUAGAAUAGAGAGUGUCCCACUAGACACCACCCCGGUACAAGACAUGGUUCAGAUACUAGCAAAUGCAUCACUGGAAGCAUUUCCAGAAAUCACUGUGGAAAAUCUUCCCACAUAUUUAAGAUUUCAGAGACCAUUACUUAUCUUGUUUAGUGAUGGCAACAUAAACCCUCAGUAUAGGAACACAGUCCUGGCACUGGUGAGACAGAAGCAGUUGGAUUCGUUUACCCCUUGCUGGUUAAAUCUAAAGAACACUCCAGUGGGGAGGGCCAUCUUAAAGGCAUAUUUUGGCCCUCUGCCACCACUUCCUCAGCUGCUUUUGGUGAAUCUGCAUUCAGGUGGCCAAGUAUAUGCAUUUCCUUCAUCCCAGUCUGUAACGGAACAAAGCCUUGUGUUGUGGCUGAAAAAUUUACAAGCGGGACUAGAAAAUCCCAUCACGGUCUUAUCUGCCCAGGAAUGGAAACCUCCUCUUCCAGCCUUUGAUUUCCUGAGUAUGAUGGAUGCUCCUGCAUCUCAAGCCCCCACGAAGAAAGUUCUGGAGUGUCAGAAAGAAUCAGAGGUGCAGAAGAGUGCUAAGCAGCAGCCUGGAGACAAAUCAACAACCGGGAGAGAGCCAGUUGAAAUGCUCAGAAUAAAGCGUUGGAACAGGAAUAACUGGCCCAAAGAAACACAGGAGCCUUUUCACCAUGACAAGGAGUUAUGAGUGGACCUUACAGGAGGGCUUCUCUGUGGCUCAGGAAACCCAAGAUCAGUUCUUAAAGGAACAAGACUGAAUUAUGCUGUCUCUAGACAAGUGCCGUUGACUAGAAUUGUGAUACAAAUGACAUGUGAAAUUUCUCAGUGGCUACACUUAAAAACCAUAAAACGAGUAGAUAAAAUUGACUUAAAAUGUACUUCACUCAUAAACUCUAGACAGCUUAAUUACUACAAAACAUUGAGAGAUUUACUUUUUAAUGUGAAGUCUUCAAAAUACAGUGCAUUUUACACUCAAUGCCAUUCCUCACUAAGGAGAUCCGUGUUGUAUUUGCUUAUUUGCCACAGGUGGUACAUGACAGUUGUAUUGGGCAGCUCACUCUCAGACAAACACCAGUGUGAUUGACCAUCAGUGUGAUACCAUGAUGGUUCUAGCCAUUGUGUGCAUUUGAAUCAAAUUAGGAUGUAACUGCUGAAUCACCAUUGACUCUCUGGUGGAAUCAUAGCUGGCAGUUGUAUUUAUUUUCUUGUAGUCCUAUUAAAAUCAGUUCUUUCCAGUUCUGCCUCUCAGGAUUAUUUGGCAAGAUGAAGAGACAGUUUUAAUAUUUUGAUUUCGUGAUACUACUGACAUCUACAGGGCAUAGGUUGAGCUCCCCCCCCUUCCACUAUACACUGGAUAAUGGAUCCUCCAUCAAAGAAUUGUCUUUCUUUUAAUGUCAUUAGUUACCAAGGUUGUAUAAUUAACAACCUUGUAGUAGCUUGUAGCACGGUGGGAUCUCUAUAUCUUCCUAGUCUGCCCAGUUACUAUGUUUAUAAAUCUUUGAACAUUAAAAAUGAGUGGCUAUCAUAUCUUGACUAUUAAAAGUCAUUUUUUAAAAAAAGAUUUAUUUUUUUGCACUUCAUAUGUAUGAGUGUUUGACCUGUGUGCAUUCCUGGUGCCCACAGAGGGCAGAAGAGAGCAUUGGAUGCCUGCAGACUGGAGUUGUGGAUAGUGUCAGCUGCCAUGUGCAUGCUGGGAAUCAGUCUGUGGUCCUCUGCAAGAGCCAGUGUUCUUAGCUGAUGAGCCUUCUCUCCAGCUACAAUUUUUAUACUUUGAAGAAGCAAUUAAAGUCUCCUCAAAAGGACUUACAAUGUAUGUAAAUCUGUGUGUGCCCCUCUCUGAAUAUCCGUAUCUGUACAUUUUAAGUCUGUAUGUGCAACUUUCUAUAUACAUAAUUGUGUAUUAUAAGGGAGUUUUAAAUGAGCUCUUAUUUCUAUAAGUUAGAAUGCUAAGUUUCAGAUUAAACAGGAAUUAAAUACUGUGUUACUAU